ACCAACAUGGAGGGACCCUGGGUAGGCAACUGGAGACCUCAUCCCCGACGGGGCCCAAUCCUUGCAGAAUUCAGCACCCCAGGUCCCAAGUACUGGCUCCCUGGGACAACAGGUCAUAUGGCUCAUGAUCCCACCAGACACAGAGCCCCUGCAUACUCAUUUCGAGGGACCAAAGCUCCCUCCACAGACAGCUGCUCACCAGGUCCUCGAUACUUCAUCCAUCCAUCCAUCACCAAGACUGGGAAGUAUAUGCCACCAGCAGCAUAUAUGAUGGGACGUCCCAAGAGCAAGAUUGAGGUCACCCCUGGACCCAGUGACUACACCACGGAACGUGCCAACAAACACGUCUUCCAUACCGCACCAUCCAAUCACAUGGUGUUCCGGCCCAAGGACUUAAAAAGGUUCCGAACACCGGGUCCUGGCACCUACACCUUGCCCAGGAUUCUGGGACCCAACACAGCAUACACUCAUGCUGAACCAUGCUACUCCAUGAAGGGGAAGAGUCAAUACCAGAGCUGUUUUCAAGAUGCCGCAAAGACGCCAGGUCCUGCGGCGUUUGCCAAGGUGGAUCUGGAUGUCUACAAAACCAGGGCUCCCAAGUUCUCAAUGGGACUAAAAACUAAACUGGCUGGGAAGGAUCGGUUUCCAGGUCCAGCAGACUACAACACAGGAAAGGUUGCACUGAUCAAGGCCCGGGAUCCUGCUUACACUUUUGGACUUCGACAUUCUCUCUACAAAGCUUCUUUAAUACCUGCAACACAUCUUGAUUAA